GUGGGGCGGGGCCAGGGCGGGUGCGCGGCGGCGGCGGGGUGGCUGGGCCGGCGGCGGCGGCGGUACGAGGCGCGCGCUCGGGGUCCCGGUCGCGAGGAGGAGGAGGAGGAUGUGGCGCGCGGAGGGGAAAUGGCUGCCGAAAACAAGCCGGAAGAGCGUUUCCCAAAGUGUAUUCUGCGGAACUAGCACCUACUGUGUUCUCAACACCGUGCCACCUAUAGAAGAUGAUCAUGGGAACAGCAAUAGUAGUCAUGUAAAAAUAUUUUUACCGAAAAAGCUGCUUGAAUGUCUGCCGAAAUGUUCAAGUUUACCAAAAGAGAGGCACCGAUGGAACACUAAUGAGAGAUCAUGAUGCAGCCGUCCUUUUGGAUUUCUUUUUAAUAAUGUGUGACCCUUCACCUUUGAUCCCCUGACCUGCAUUACCUUGGUAACCAUUUCAUUUUUUAAUUUAAUUUCAUUUUUUAAUUUUGGUGUACAAGCUGUAACAUUUCAUCUUUCAAAGUGUAACACGCUGAUUUCCUCAAAUAGAUAUACCCCUUUGAGCGAUAAAUUUGCAAAAUGCUGUCUUCAUUUUCUGUAUUAAAAUUCAUUUCGGUUUU